AGAGUAAAACGAAGGAAGAAGAGAGGUUUAACUUCUUCAUCUAUGGCGACGCCAGAUUCUGACGCUACUAUUCAGCCUCAAGAUUCUGAUUCUCUAUCCAAUCCUAGUCCUCCCAACGCUCUCGUCCCCGCCGCUCCUGCCGUUUGCCUCCUCCGCUUCGCAACUGACUCAGCCGGUGGCGCUCUCAUGGGCUCUGUCUUUGGAUACGGUGCUGGAUUGUUUAAGAAGAAAGGUUUUAAAGGCUCCUUUGUAGAAGCGGGGUCUUAUGCAAAGACAUUUGCAGUUUUGUCUGGAGUUCAUAGUUUGGUUGUUUGCAUCUUGAAAAGACUUAGAGGAAAGGAUGAUGUCAUUAAUGCGGGGGUAGCUGGUUGUUGCACUGGUCUUGCUCUAAGUUUUCCAGGUAUCUUUUGUUUAUUUUAUACUAAUAAAUUAACAAAUUUGAGCUUUCUUUUGAAACUUUUAAGAAAAGAGGAUAAAGGCCUUGCCAAUGUGGCUACUCUGAAUAAGUUUUCUAGUCAUUCUUGAUAUCAUAAUCACUUGAUCUUAAAUCUAAGGUAAUUUUUUUAUAGUCAGUGAAUGUGGCACUUUUUUGAGAAGUAUUACUCUGGAUUCCUCUGUCUGCAUACCAUAACCUUAAAAGAAGGAUUGGAAAAAAAUUGCUGACGUAGAAUGCCUUCCAAUCAUUGCUA